UCACCCCAGCACUGUCCUCUCCAGCCCGUACUUGGCCAGCACGGGGCGGGCGACAUUCACAGCAAUGGGAUAGUGCUCGAUGGCCGUGCGGCCCUCUGUCGGCGCCUCGGUCGUCCAGAGGCUGAUGCGGCCAUAGACCAGCCGCAGAUAGGCUGUAAUGGUGUCGUUGGCUGCUGUGCCCUUGACGAUGAUAAGUCGCUCGCGGCCGUCAUAUCCCUGGGGUGGAUGCUCAUCGAUGCCGUCGACGGUCUUGAAGCCAUCGAUGGUCGGUGCCGUCAGCAGGGACCGAUAGCGAGUGUCACCAGGACCGACAUAAGCAUCAGUCACCUUCUCCUCCCCCACCCCCUCUUGCUUACACCACUCCAUCAGGACCGUCCCCUUGAGGAAUGCCGUGAAUGAUGGGAAGACUAAGCCCCCACUGCGGAUGACGGGAUCGCUCUCGUUGUAUGUGCUGCGGUAGCGGUGGUUGGGGGGCAAAUCAGCGAGGGGGACGGUCGUGAAGUCGACAUUGCCGAUCCUGUAGCGCUGCCUCGUCACGCCCCCACCAUGACCAUCACCAUGGUGUCCAUUGCCUGGCUGCCCUCCUGGACCAUCGCCCCCUGGUCCCUCUCCGCCACUCGCGUCACCGCCCCCGCUCUCCUGCUGGUGGUCGAUGUCGUCAUCGCCGUCCUCCUCAUCUCCCCCCUCGUCCAUGCCAUCGUCGUUCUCAUCAUCACUGGCCUGGUCACUCUCACUUUGGUCGUCAUCAUCUUCCACCCGCUCCAGCGCCAGGCUGGUCCCCCGGUGGCUCAGCAAGUGGCCGAAUGCCUUGUAGACGGCCAGGGCGAGUGGCAGCUCCUUGAAUGCUGCAGCGGUGGGCAGCGAAUCAGCCGACAGCCGCAGGGGCAGUGCCUUGAUGAGCUUGUGAUUGCGCGCCAGGUGAAUGAAGUCGGCCAUCUGCUGCCGCAAGAGCUCCCCUCCUUGCUCCAGUGCAUAGGCGCAUUUGCUGUAGUAAUCGAACGGCGACCGAUGCACGUCGACGACGCCGGUCAAAUGGUUGCUGUCGAGCGAGCCGUUGAUGCGCUUGAGCAUGAAGGCCUCGUUGAUGAGCUGUUUGCCGUGGUGGGUGUUGGCUCCCCUCGCCGAACUGAUGGCCUCGUCGACAGGGAGGUAGCCCAGCACACCAUCGCAAUAAACGUCGGCCGGGAGCCGGUUGGCCGUCACGUCAACUGGAUUGUCACCAUCAGCAGCAGCGGCUGUGGGGGUGGUGGUGGUGGUGGUGGGGUGAGGGGUGCCAGGUUGCUUUGUGGUGUCUGGUUGACAGGGGGGAGGGGGCGGGGCGGCCGAGAUGUGGUGGGCGAUGGUCUGAACGGCACCGGACAUGGCCGAGAGGGUGGGUAUGGUCGACUUGACAGAUGACCACUUCUGGCAAAUGAUGGGCGCCUGAAUUCCCAUGACAAAACAGACGACAUGUGGUAAAGGGAGAUGUGUCGAGCCGCCCGUCUCUCUCUCUCUGCGCUGCGAGUAUUUCCCUCACCUGGUCAGUGGCAAUGGAUGUCAUUAUUAGAGGCUCGACGGCCGACACCUCACUGGCCACCUGACAAAGGGAACACACAGACAGACAUACGCCAUCGCGACGUGCAUCCCUCAGUGCGUCGAUGUCUGUGUGUCCUUCACCUGCUCUAUGAGUGAGUGUAUGGCCGCCAGCCGACGACAGACGUCGCCCGACCCGCCACACACUUGGGACUCCUGUGCAGACAGAGACCAAAGGCACCUCAGUGAGACUGAGUUAUCCACCCAGUGAUGUGCUGUGCCUCACUCACCGAUGCCGAUGGACUGUGCCCCUCCUGCUGGUGCUGCUGUUGCUGCUGCUGCUGGUGGUGAGCGGCCGCAUCACUCAUGGCACUCAGCCCUGUGCCGACGCACACAAAUGGAUGCAGACACAUGAGGUGCACAACACUUAUUUCUUUGUCCGUCUGUCAGCCGUGUGCUUGUGACAUCUCACCUGAAGCAUCAAUCACAUGGCCGUCGACACACUGGCGCUCCGCGUCACCUCGAGAUCCACCACAAUUAGCAGAAGAAGACAUCUCUGCUGCACUCACUGAACACAUGAAUGAACAGCAGGACGGUGGCGGUGCGUCCAUCGUGCACGCCAGACUCACCUUCUGACACAGAGUCAACAAAGCACAAAGAUGGCCACUCAGACACAACAGAUCUGCGGAGAAGCACACGGCUAUUGGCACACGGCACGCCCCCAUCACAGCACAGCCUCGGCCUCUGUUUGGCAUGGGCGCAUCGAUACUCACCUAUUCCUCCUGCUGUUCGCUUCACCGAACUGCCACAAUUUCAGUGAGAUACCUCCGCCGCCGCCAAUCUCAGGCCGACGCAGAUCUUUCCUUUUUCAUGGCCAAUCGAAAGGCAUCCCGCAGCUCCCAACAAAGUGCCUCAUUUCCACACGCGGCCAGGCGUGCGAGCUAGUUUCGUGAAACGUUUUUAUUGGGGGCGUCUCAUCGAGGAUAUGAUUUCUCCUCCUCAU